AAUUAUUAUAAAUGGUGAAAUGAAACCACCGCUUAUUAAAGGAGUUCCAGGUAAGCGCUUCCUCAGCUGUGAUAAGGCCGAAUAAGAACCUGCAUCAGAUAAGCACGAGGCCACGUGUACAGUUUGACCGACGAGGCGCCGAGUCACACUUUUACCCCAAAAAAAAAAAAAAACCGAAAACCUUAUUUCACCCAAAUCCCUGGAUUUAGCAUUUUAAUCAGUUCAGGUUUUUCGAUUACUACUACUACUACUACUAAAAAACUAGUAUUAUAUCAUCACAUCUGAUAGACUUUUUAUAUAUAUAGAUGCGGCAACUCGAUAUCGCCACUCGCCGACAUAUUUUAUGUAAUAUUCUUCUCUAAUUUCAUCUGUGAAUCCCCCCAGUCUUAACCUGUCCCUGUCAAAACCCCCCACACCCCAAAAGUUCUGCGUGAAUCUCCGAUCGCUUUUAGCCCUAUAAAUAGCAUCCAGAUUUCCCAUCAUACGGGGCAAACAAAGCUUUAUUAAUCAUAACAUUUCUUUGGGUUUUUUUUAUUUUUUUGGCUUUUCCAGAUUUGAUUUUGAAUCUAUUCUUACUGUUAUUAUUGUGGCUGUGAGAAAUUCUGUUGUGGUUUUAAUACACUCUCCACAGCAUCAACCCAAUGGCGGCGGAGCUCUCUAACGUUCUACCUCGUGUGCUCAUCGUAUCUAGAAGAACAGUUCGCAAGAACAAGUUCGUCGAUUUUGUCGGUGAAUACCAUCUGGAUCUUAUAGUAAGUUAUGGGGCUGUACCAGUUAUAGUGCCACGGGUCACAGGAGUUCACCUGUUGUUAGACAGUUUUGAGCCAGUCCAUGGUGUUCUUCUUUGUGAGGGAGAAGAUCUUGAUCCAUCAUUAUACGAUGGUGAAGAAUCAGAUUUAUCCCCAGAAGAAUUGGAGGAAAUUCGUAGGAUUCAUGCGAGUGACACUUCAAUCGACAAAGAGAAAGAUACAAUUGAAAUGAGAUUAGCCAAGCUGUGUCUCGAAAGGAACAUUCCUUAUUUAGGUAUAUGCAGGGGAUCCCAGGUGUUAAACGUUGCUUGUGGUGGAACCCUUUAUUUGGAUAUAGGUAAAGAGCUCACACAUAAAGUCUCUGAGAAUCAGAGAGUUCAGCACAUUGAUUACGACAAUUAUGAUGAUCAUAGGCAUGUAGUUAAGGUUGUAAAGAAUACCCCUUUGAGUGAUUGGUUCAGGGAUUCUUUGGAGGAUGGGAAAAAUGAAAUUUGGGUGAAUAGUUAUCACCAUCAAGGGGUUAAGAAACUGGCUCAGCGCUUUGUACCCAUGGCAUUUGCUCCUGAUGGUUUAAUUGAAGGGUUCUAUGACCCAGAUGCUUAUAAUCCUGAUGAGGGCAAAUUCAUAAUGGGAUUGCAAUUCCAUCCAGAGAGAAUGAGGAAAAACGAUUCGGAUGCUUUCGACUAUCCUGGUUGUCCAUCUGCUUAUCGGGAGUUUGUAAAGGCAGUAGUUGCAUAUCAGAAGAAGCUUGUUGGUUCGUCAAAUGUACCUAAAUCUUUGAAGCUUGAUCAACAAAUGGAGAUGAAAAGGAGGAUACUCGUUAAAAGCUUUUCCAUAGCUAGAAACCUGUACAAAGAUGGAGGAGGUCAUAUGCCUCCAUCAAAACAAGCUGAACUUGAGGUUGGAGCUGAAUUUCUCGAGGUAUGAUGAGAAUCAAAGAAUAGCGAUAUUCUCCAUAUCCAUUCUUAUUUCAUUUGUAUUUGAUCAGUUUGGUGCGUUAUACGACUGACUGAUCCUUGAUUUUCAUUACAGUCAAACACAGCCUUAACUCAGGAACAGCAGAGCAGGUUGAAGCAGAUGGGUGCAACUGUGAGGAAUGCAUCUUCUUAUUUCAACAAGCUGCAGCUGAAUGAGGAGAAAGGGGCAUUAGCAAGGAAACUGAUGGGGAGGAUGACUGUGGAACAACUGUAUGAUUUCAUUUCUUUUUAUCACAUGAUGGAGCAGAUAUGUUCAGAAGUGUUGGAGAAAAAGCUUCAUGGAAUGGUCAAUGAUCAUCACGCCUCCUCACUUAUCUGAAAUCUGAAUGAACUUUAUUUGCUUUCAGCUCUUGAGACCAUAUAAUUGUAUGGUUUAAUAUGUCAAACCCUUUGUAAUUUUUCUUGUGGUUUGGUCAAAGUAUCACAUGAAAUCUGCUUUGAUGGGCUCUGUAACAGUGAUUUGAUCAUCAAUAUAGUUUUCGAUGUGGUAGGUUUGCCUUCCUGUAUGGCUGUAUCUCUUUCAGUUUGGCCGUGGUCUUCUCUUUCUAGAACUACAUUUUCCUACCCAAAAAAAAAAAAUGUUAGGAAAUGAAAUUGCGC